CCCCCAUCCACGCAGCCCCCUCUCGCUCCCGCCUCCCCCCAAUUUCUGCCGUUCACGCACUCCUAAAGCCACCAGGAAACACUCGCGUUGGGUAAAGCGCGGCAAACGUCAGGAGACACCCACAGCCCCACGAGGCCUCCCAGCCGUCGUUGACUCUUAUAGCAGGUCUGUAGCAUUCGCGCCUUCUCCCUCCUCGCCACGUCGGCCCACUUAUCCCCCCCUCUCUAUUAGACACACCCAUGUACACGUCGUCCGCCCCCGGACCGGCCCGUGGCCGCGGCGGCAACCCGAAUGCGGGUGUGCCGCCUCCACAACAGCAGCAGCCGCAGCAGCUCCGUGGACCGACGUCAGGAAACCCUGGAGCCCCUCCACAGCUGGCCACAGCGGCCACGAGCCGUGUAGGUGAGAUGCUUGACCAGGUGAAGGCCGAAUACGAAGCCGCCAUCCAACAGCUCAACAUGGCCAAGAUGGAGCAGCUCGAGAUGGAGCGUAAGAUCCAGUCGCAGGUCGUGGAAAUGGACCAGAUCCAGCAGUCGCUCAAGGCGCUUGAGGCCAACCACCGCCGCAUUCGCCAGCAGUACGAGGAGGACAUGUUGCGUAUGCGCAGGCAGCUUGAGACUGGCCAAGUGCCGCAGCAGCAGCAGGUACCGCCACAGCAGCAGGCCGUGCCGGCCAAGCUCCCGGCCAAGCGCUCGCGUGCUCCGCCCACUAGCGGUAGCAUGCAGGAGGAUUCGACCUCGCUCAUGUCAAAUCUUGUGGCCGCAGCUACGUCCUCUGGCCGCGCUGGGGCCGCCAACACUCAGCAACGUAGUGGCAGUUCCCCUGUGCGCGUAGUGCCCGUCCAGCCGGCCUCGCGAAGCCUGCAGCAGCUCGGCCAGCAGCCCCCUCAGCUUCCGCCUCCCCCUCAGGGUGGCAACGCGAACCCUCCGCCACAGCUCAGUCCUCUGGACACGAGCAACGCCAACACGACUCCGUCUUCACGUCGCAUGCCCAGCAUUAACAGCGAAGUGAACGGCAAAGACCGCGCAGCCUCGCCGCCGGCCCUGAAGAAAUCCAAGCUCAAUGGCUCGGAGCCCAGUAUCCCCAGUCUUAACGGAAAUGGCAAGGGCGCGCUUCCUUCCGUUAGUUCGGCUGGCAACAGUGCGCCUACAUCGAGUGGGAUGCUCCCGCAGGUGUCCAAGAUGAACCGUGAACAGGGAUCAACCAGCACGAACUCAAGCCCCAGUGCCGCUGCUAACCAGUCCCAGAACACGCCAUCGAACGCUACAAAGACCGAGGGUGAGAACACUGAGACCAGUCGUCCUUCGGCCAGUGCGACGACGACGCUGUCAGCAGCUUCGGGCAACAAUACGACGCAGAAGAGCUCGAACACGAAAGCUAGUCGUCUCAACUGGAGUUGUGUAUACUCAUCCAAGACGAGCAUGUCGUACCAGGAGUCAGAGCGUCCAGCAGCUGAGAUGCACCAGUCUAUGGACCACCAGAGCGUUGUGUGCUGCGUGCGCUUCUCCUCGGACGGUACAAUGAUGGCUUCGGGCUGCCACAAGACGGCACAAGUUUUUGACGUAAAGACUGGCGACCGCAAGUUCCUGGUCUCUCGUCCUGCUGGAUCCGGACAGACUCCGACGUCUCAGGCUAAUGCCGCAGCUAACGAGCCUGAUGACGCGUACGUUCGCGCUGUUUGCUUCUCGCCAGACUGCUCGAAACUCGUUGCUGGAAUGCCGCAGAACACCAUCCGUGUGUGGGAUAUCGCUUCGAACGAGGAAGGCCCGGCCAUGACUGGCCACGAGUCAGAAAUCUACUCGCUGGACUACGUGAACGAUUUGAUUGUGUCUGGUUCGGGUGACCGCAAGGUGCGUCUCUGGGAUCCUCGCAACGGCCAGUGCAAGAAAAUUUUCGGUAACGAGAGUGGCGGUCCCUCGGACGGCGUCACGUCGGUGGCGUUAUCUCCGGAUGGACGGCUUCUUGCUGCUGCGUCACUGGACAAGGUUGUACGGAUUUGGGACACGGAGACAGCACAAUUGCUGGACCGACUGGAGGGCCACAGCGACUCUGUGUACUCGAUCGCUUUCUCACCUGAUGGCAAGAACGUGAUUUCUGGCUCGCUUGACCGCAACAUCAUGUUGUGGGACGUGUGUGCUCAGGGCCGCACAACUACACGGCCGCGCAUGCUUUUCCAGGGCCACAAGGACUUUGUGCUCUCAGUGGCCUACACGCCUGAUGGAAGGUGGUUGAUGUCCGGUUCCAAGGAUCGAUCUGUGGUUUUCUGGGAUCCGCGUUCGUCUCGCUCUGUGCUGACAUUGACAGGCUACCGGAAUUCGGUGAUAAGCGUGGCGUCGUCCCCAGCGUCCCCCUACUUUGCAACGGGAAGCGGCGACUGCUUUGCCGUCAUCUGGAAGUACCAGUGCCAGACUUUUUAAACUAUACAGGGACGACGAUCCAGUCGACGCGAUGCGACGAAGCACUCAUAACAGCAAGUUGAACUCGUACGACCACGUGAAGCGCAGCGGAAGAUAGUGACGCUUGCGACAAGCGCGCGGUACCGGGCAGUCUUGUGAGUGAUGUGUGUGCUUAUUAGCGAGCGCGAGACCGAGAAGAUCGAGAGAAAGAGGCAUCGAAACGAAUCAAGACAGAAAAAGAGAAAACUUUUGUGCGAUGGCCGACAGAUCAUUAGGCAGAGCAAGGAAGACGCGGUGCGUUUCCCCGAAGUGAAUUGAGAGGGUGGAUAGUGCGUGUGCAAUGGAAUGGAUUCUGAACAAGCGCAGUGUGUUGCGUUGCAUAGCCACAUUUAGGUAGUCGCGGCCACCGAGCCUGCAUAGAUACAUUUUGUCACCUCUUUUAGUUGUCCGAUUCGAUGUGUCCCAUCCUAUGUGAACCAAUGUGUUUAACUUCGGUCAUCAUCUUAUGUGUCACUUUCAACCGGACACCUCGC